AGGAGAGCAGCCAGCCUCCGAGGGGCAGCCCGAGCGUUCUGUGUGACGUCACGGGCACAAUUAUUAAGCCGCGCGGUUUAUCUGUCGCCUUUCGCCGCCCGGCACUUUCCCAUUCCCGCAAUAUGCAGAUGGCAGGCACCAGCACUGCUGGAUAUUAGCUUUGCGGCGAGCCUCUCUGCACCAGAAGUCUCUACAAUGUCCAUCAGGGAGCUGUCAACGCUGGAAAAGAAUCGUGUCUUUGGACUAAGGCAGAAAAUGGUGGAAGGUACCUGGUCUGUUUAAUAGAGGAAAGCCCGUGGGAAUCUCAUGCAGGAAGUCGAGCAUCUGGAAGUGCAAUGGAUGAAGCUCAGCAGUUUAAUUUAACCUGGGUGCCUCAGGAUCAUUCUGAUGCUGCUUAUUCAGAAAAUGGCUCAGCUGCAGCAGUUUCUUCCUUGAUUCCUACCACAGACCAGGAGCUGGAGCCGAUUGUCAACCCCUGGGACAUUGUAUUGUGCACCUCAGGAACUCUAAUAUCAUGUGAAAAUGCCAUUGUGGUCCUUAUUAUUUUACACAACCCUACUCUUCGAGCUCCUAUGUUUCUGCUAAUAGGAAGCCUUGCUCUAGCAGACCUUUUAGCAGGAGUUGGAUUGGUCACAAAUUUUGUUUUUGCCUAUCUUCUGCAUUCUGAUGCUGCAAAACUGAUCACCAUUGGACUAAUUGUUGGCUCCUUUACUGCUUCUGUUUGCAGUCUUUUGGCAAUUACCCUUGAUCGUUACCUCUCCCUGUAUUAUGCCUUGACUUAUAAUUCGGAAAGAACUGUAACUUUUACAUAUCUCAUGCUGAUUGUGCUUUGGGGAGCUUCUGUCUGUCUUGGACUGCUACCCUUAAUGGGAUGGAACUGCCUUAAAGAUGAGUCUACCUGCAGCAUCAUCAAGCCCCUUACAAAGAAUAAUGUGGCAGUGCUUUCUGUUUCCUUCCUUCUCAUGUUUGCACUUAUGUUACAGCUUUACAUCCAGAUAUGUAAAAUUGUGAUGAGGCAUGCACAUCAGAUUGCUCUGCAGCACCAUUUUCUUGCCACAUCCCAUUAUGUCACUACCAGAAAGGGGGUAUCUACACUGGCCAUCAUUUUGGGGACCUUUGCUGCCUGCUGGAUGCCUUUCACUCUGUACUCUCUUAUAGCAGAUUACACCUACCCAUCUAUUUACAUGUAUGCUACCCUGCUACCAGCCACCUACAAUUCUAUCAUCAACCCAGUAAUUUAUGCUUUUAGAAACCAGGAGAUACAAAAAGCACUUUGGCUUAUCUGUUGUGGCUGCAUCCCUUCCAGCCUGUCUCAAAGAACAAGGUCACCCAGCGAUGUGUAACAAAUAGCUAACAAGUGAUUAAAUAUUUAUGUUUUGUUUCUCAGGCAAUCCCCAACAUACUCUUUGGUUACAAUGUAUUUAUUAAAGCCUGUAUUUCCUCUUCACGCUAAAGCCACUGAUGGCUUGGAUCAUUUUAUAGCAUGGGCUAUCUGCUGAACAGAAGGAGCUAAAAAUGUAAGGAAGAUUGUUCUCAAUUCAAGGUUAUCAGUAUUACAGUAUAUGGGGUCUGUGUUGUUUGCUUCAGUUGUGUAAACACUAGUCUUAAUUAUACAUUUUCACUUAAGUCCUAAUUAAACAGGUAGUCAUAAUGCACUUUGCAAAGACUAAGUUUAGCUUGUCUUAACUAGUUUAGAUUUUAAAAUA